CAAACGUUCAAUAUCAAUGCUCAGGCCUCAGGUUUCGGUUCCGAUGCGCGUGGUGGCAGUGUACACACACACUCUCUCAAAUAGACUCCAUCUCGUCUCACCUCAACUAGUUCAUCUACAUCUACUCCCAUAUAAACUUCAGCAUGACUGCCUCCGAUGCACUGUUUCAUGAAGCAAGUCCAGGCGUUUUCACCAGAAAAUGCAUUGGGAUGGAGGCCAUGUCGUGCUUUGCAUCAGAGUUUGGCUGUAGCCACGUGGUCUCCUCCUGCAGUGUCAAACUCGCAAACGAAAUCGCUCCCGAGGACUUGAAGAAAGCGAUCCAAUCCAGUAUGAUUCGUCUGCGCCAUCUAGUUCCAGGAAUCGCGGUCAAAGCAUCGCCGACUCGUCCUCCGAUGGGUGAUUGGUCUCACGAAUAUCGAGUACCCGACACACUUGAAGAUGUCUUCGCAUGGGUCGAAGAAGUUGUCUUUGUGCACGAAAACGGAACAUCGUUCCUCGAUAACCACGAAAGGAUCUUCCAUGAAAGCUGGUGGAGGGCAACGGAGGGGAGAUAUAGUUACGAGCUUCACAUAGUUCCAAACCUAUCAGCGGGAAGUAACUCUUGGACAUUCGUAUUGUCAGCGCACCAUAGCAAUGCCGACGCUCGAAGCAAGUGGAUGGUCUUCGACAAGGUAUUCGAGUUCCUUUGCGAUGAGCUCGACCAUGUCGCACCACCGCUUUCAUCUUUCGAAUGGGGGAAGGAAGUGAGCAGACUCCCGACGGCCGGCCAGAUGGUCUGGUCUGUCUAUGACACUGGCAAGCCUGAACCUCUCCCUAUUGUCGAUCCGUCCACUGCUCCGGUGGCACCAGAGAAUGUUAUACCUUGGUCAUACCCAGUGCGGGUGAGCAACGACAACCCUCAUGGAACCGACAUCACCAGCGCGGUCAGACUCACUCCCGAAGAAACGGUCAGAUUCCACGGCGCAUGCAAAGCUCAUGGGAAAACAGUGACCAUGGUCGUAACUGCACUUCAGACUCUCGCGGAUCUUGAGGCUUCUCUGCAUAUCGCUGGCAAAGUUGGACCUGAGCGUUUCAAGAAGGUGUGGUCUGGAUACAAUACCGCGACACAUUUCCCACUCAGUAGUCUUUCAAUCGAUAUGCGGCAACGCAUGCCGGAAGCCUACAGAAAAUUUGGAUUGGAUCAGACUACGCCUCUGAUGGCUAUGGACGUAGUCGCACUCUUAUUCGCUUUCGAGCCCUACCGCAAACUUGUCAAAGCAGAUGAAGCAAGUCUUACCGCCUCCCGCAACGCGGAUAAAUCGCUCUUCUGGGACGAGCUCGUCCCAAGCGUGGAGGAAGUGUGGAAAUCACAGGACAUCUCCAUCGAGGCAUACAGGACGCGUGCAGCCACUUUCACUGCCAUGGCAAACAAUCCAGACCUCGAGCUCGACUUUCACGGCUCCAUUGCACCAGCAUGCACCUCAAUUGGCGAUAUGACCCGCCUAGGCUACCUAGAAGCCUUUCGUCCAGCGUCAGGACACAAGACGCUCAUCGUAGAGGACUUGACCACAACUGCGCACUCGGGCUCGCCCGGCGCGGUCAUGAAUGUCGUCCAAUAUGACAACGAGUUGCGGCUCAAGCUGGUCCGUGGCAGCAAGUUUACGACGCAGGAGGACUUAGAUCUGCAAGGGAGAGUUUUGAAGGAGUGGAUUCAACUCAUGACUCGAUCAUGAAUGUCUGUCAAUACCCUCGACGUCGUAUGGGAUAAGCCAUCUCACGACUCUUUCAUGGAAAUAAAUGACUGGAUUUGACUAAAAUGACGAUGAUUUCUGCUGUACCGAUUCUCCCUCUCCGUCUGCAGCGUCCCUGUGAUUGGGUUUGUUGCAGGACCAGAAGAUGAGGAUGGUUGUGAGGAAGAGGUCGUGGGAGGGGCAG